CCCCACUUUCUUUGGCAGGUAUUGCCAAAGGCGCAGGGGCGCAGCCCUGCCCUGGAAACCCUCCGCCCGGGAAAGCGCGUAGGGUCAGUCGGCAGGGGGCACUCUGCACAUGCCCCGGGGCCCCUUUCUCGCAGCCCCACCCAUCGCAGGCCCGAAGCCGCGGCCCCGUCCGGGAAAAAGGUCCGGGGGCUCGGCGGGCGAGGACUCCCCAGCGGCGAGGAAGAUUGCGCGCAAAGGGAUGCGCGCUCUGCACAUGCCCGGAGGAAGCGCGCUUGCAGCUCGCCCCGCCGAGGAUGAAGCCCAGCUGGGGGGGCCGGGCUGCGGGACCCCCGCCCGGUCCCCCCCAGGCUCUUGGCGAGCAGGGAGUGGCCGCUCACCUGGAGGCAAAGGCGGCUGGGGGCGCCGGCGUCUCCGUCCUCCUCCUCCUGCGAUGGCCGCUCGGGCUGCGGCGGCUCCUCCUCCUCCUCCUCCUCCAGCCGCCGCCUCCCGGCUCUCCGUGGCCGGCCUCUCCCUCGGCUCCCCCCGCGCGCCGGGAAGGAAGCGCCGCCCCCGCCGCCCGCGCCCGGGAGCCGGAGAGGCGUGCGCCCCGGCGGGCUCCCUUUCCCGAGGCGCCCCUUGGAGACGGCGCGGAGAAAUCACAGACGCGCCCUGAGAUUUGGGGAGGGCGCAGCGCAACGGCAACAAAGGAAUUCCGCGGCACGGAGCCGCAGGGCUGGAAGCGCGGGCGGCGAUUCCCCGGGUGCCCCCAGCACCCACCAAAUUCCCCACCAAGGGGCCGGGCACCCACAAGAAUUCAGUGCCGGGGCCAAGCGGGCGCUCCUGAUGGGAAGGAGGGACCCCGGGGCUCCAGAUGCGUUUGCUCACCUUCCGUGACUUACCUGCCUUUUCUCCCCAAGAUCAGUCACUCUCUGGUGACGCCUGGAAAAUAGAAGCAGAAGCUUCCUUAUGGCAGGAGGGCAGGAAGCUGGGGAGCCGGACCGCCGGCCACAAAAACCUACGCAGCAAUAAAUGGGUCAUUCGAAGUGCCCUAAACCUUG